AAGUUGUGUUGAUAGCUGGAUGCGCUAGCACGAUGCUAAGCCCGAUGCUAAGCAGUCUUACGUCAGACAAGAGUCCCGGAGAAUCCCUCGUAGACUCUCAUGGUUCCGCACUGCUGUCCGUCUGUCGUCCGUGCAGCGUGUAGUGUCGGUGUGAGACAUGCAGGACCGGUACAGUGAGGUCGGCUUCGUCCAGCAGAUACUCGGGCUGAAUUUAGUGCCGAGGAAAAAUGGCACGCAGCGAGGAAACGACACGUCUCUGAGCGACUUCUCCGAGAUGUGGUAUGGAGUGUUCCUGUGGGCAGCAGUCUCCUCUCUGGUCUUCCACUUGCCUGCAGUUCUACUCUCCCUCGCCACACUGCGCCAGCACAAGAUGGCUAGAUUCAUGCCCAUCGCCAUCCUCCUCAUGGGCAUCGUGGGGCCAAUCUGUGGGGGAGUCCUCACCAGUGCAGCCAUAGCGGGUGUGUACAAGGCAGCAGGGAAGAGGAUGAUCUCUCUGGAGGCUCUCGUGUUCGGUGUUGGACAGUCGUUCUGUGUCCUCAUCAUCUCCUUCCUCAGGGUACUUGCCACCCUUUAGCAGUGCUGAGGCCCACCUGGCUGGCCUUGAAGCUGCCUGUCUGGCUCUAGUUAGACCUUCUCUUAACAGAACUGGUUUUCGUUGUAGUGCAAGACCAGAUUCUUGGCAAAUCCUGCAACACCUGUAAACCAGUCAGACGCAGGACAUGAUGUCAUUUCCUACUAAGGGACCAGGACCAGGAUUAGAACAGAUUAAAUUGAACUGUCAGAGAAAGAGCAGUGUGUAAACUGGUAGGGUGUGUUAUAGCCUUCUUGGUCACCCCAUGCUGCGUUCAAAUCACAGGGUGACCACACACACACAACACACAGUGUACGCUGUCUAUUUCAAGUCCUGCUGACCCCGGUGUGCAGUGUGUCAAAAUUGACAGAAGACCACCUUAAAUCCUCCUCAUCAUUCUUCCUGUCUGAUGUGACGGCAGCAGGAUGCUGUUCCCUGCUGUUGCCGGGGGCUACAGGCUAACAGCAGGAUGACACUAACCUUUCUCAGGGGCUGUGUGUGUCUGUCCCAGUCUGAUAACAUUUUGACUCCAUGCAGUGACUGCAGAGAGACGUGGCAGACAGAAGGAUGAUGGUUUUAUGCAAGAUUCUGGCUUUUUCCCAUGAGGCCUUAAUUUCUAUUUUCUGACUUCCAAAGUGGUGUUUCUUCUCUUCAGGGCUGUCUUUCUUUAAUACCCUGUCUCUGCUGCUCCUGCUGUUCUUCCUCAUAUGUUUUAUGUUAAUUCACUCAUGGUCAUGUUCCCUCCUAGCUUUCCCACUUCAUUUAUUAAGCUCACGAGUGAAGAUGGUUUGGCCUGAUCACAGCCCUGCACAUGCAGUCGAGAAAAUGUCGUCUCUGCUCAGCCUCUUGGUUUGUUUGUGUGUUACCACUGAGUAGAUGAGAGGUGUGAACUGAUUUGUAUAGAUUCUAAAUGAUUUCCAGCUCUUCGUAGCUUUUCAAUCUUUCCGACCAAAUAUAAAUGUAUGUUUUAUUUCUCUGCACUAAAUGUGCAUACAAUGUUUGAGCAGACAUUUUUAUGUGUUAAUCAGCUUCCCACAGUCUUCAGUGACUGCUUUUAGUUGCUUUUGGUAGCUGACGGGUGCUUUUGAAUGAGUAUUGUAUGUGCCCCAUGCAUAUAUAGACAUGUAAUACUUUUAUUUGUUUCAAAGAAGAAAAAAAGACUAAAUCAAUCUUG